AUGCUCGACCGACUCGUCGCUUGCCGUGCACUAGACUACGGCUGUGCCUUGAGUGUCACUCUUGUUGCCUUGCUAUCGACCUUGUCUCGGCUUGGUAGAGUGACAGACAAGACACAACCUCCGAUAUCACAACGCGGUUCAAAACUAUCAAUAUUUUUAUUUUUCUUCAUUUUUGUUACCUACCUUGGUGAGAUUUUUGCCACCGCUAAUCAAGAAGACGCCUUAAACAAGGCCAAAGCUCGCUUCACACACCUUGUUCUAUCCGCCUUCGUUUGGUCCGCCGUUGCGAUUCGACGCACUCAUGAUCGACGCUUGUUUUGGGCUGUCUCCACCGUCACACCUCUCUUCGAGAUUCCGAUACUCAUUUUAUCCGCUCUUGGUAACCUCAAAUCGCCUGCGAGUGUAAUCAGCAUUUUCUGUCAAUCUAGCAGAGUUCUGGCAGUGGUGUUUCUGGUGGUGGCCUAUGCGAGCCAAUCGUCGCGCAGAAAACGCCAUGAAACCUCCGAAGAAAGCCAGCCUUUUCUUCAACCAAGCUCAGCAAAUCGGGAUUGUGGCCCAGACAACUACGGCGCUGUACCCUUCCAAGAUGACGCCGACACUAUAACCGUCCAAGAGUCCGAUGCCGAUUCAAAAUAUGACAGCGACAGUGACUCUGAUGAUGAUGACAGUGCCAGCAUCAAACGGCGACGACAAAAGCGACUUGAAGAAACAGGAGGGUGGCUGGGCUAUCUGAAAGACUUUUCCAUCUUCCUACCCUUUCUGGUUCCCAGGAAAGAUCGCAAAGUCCAAUUCUCAAUCUUCCUCUGCUUCAUGUGCAUCGCCGGAAAAAGAGCGUUGAAUAUCCUCAUUCCCCGGCAACUCGGACUCAUUACCGAUCAAAUAAUGAACAAGCAGGCGCCUUAUGGCGCCUUGGGCAUAUGGUUGCUCCUGACGCUGAUAAGUGACGAUGCAUGCCUAGGACUUAUUUUGUCCCUGGCCAAGAUUCCCAUCACGCAGUUCUCUUAUCGGCAACUCACCAAUGCGGCUUUCAACCACGUCAUGAGUCUGUCGAUGGACUUUCACUCCGAUAGAGACUCUGCAGAAGUCAUGAAGGCCAUUGAGCAGGGCGAUGCACUCACAAACCUGCUUGACUCGCUUGUCCUCGAUAUUCUUCCGACGACUGUAGACAUCUUCAUCUCAGUCUGGAUGUUGUACGGGAAAUUCAACAUCUAUGUCGCUCUCGUCAUGGUCGUGGCCUCGGCCAUAUUCAUGACCCUUGAGAUAUACACUUCGAACUUGAAUAUCGAAAACCGUCGCGUCAGCAGCAAAGCCCAAAGAGAGGAGGCCAGGGUCAUGCACCAGGCCGUUCAAGGAUGGCAAACUGUCACUUACUUCAACAUGUUUAGCUUUGAAAAGUUCCGUUUCGGCGGUGCUGUUGAGUCUCGACUCAAGGCAAGCCGGAGGUACGACAUUGGAGAUGCCCUUGUCCAAGGACUCCUUGAGGUGACUGGUCCCGUCACGUUUUUCACUCUAGCCAGCUUGGUGCUGUAUGAAAUUUCCCAGGGCCGCGCUUCCGCCGGAGACUUUGUUUUCCUUCUCCAGUACUGGGACUAUCUCAUCUACCCGAUGAAGUGGCUCUCGCACGAAUACCGUUACCUGAUGACGAAUUUGGUUGACGCAGAACGCCUUCUCGGCCUGUUCCAGACCAAAUCGACCAUUCCCGAGAAAGAAAAUGCAGUGGAGCUCAGCAACGUCAAGGGCUAUGUUGCUUUUGAGAAUGUCAGCUUCUCAUAUGACUUGAAAAGGCCAACCAUCCAAGAAAUGAGUCUCUCUGUUGAGCCGGGACAAACUGUUGCCCUCGUCGGCGAGACGGGCGCUGGAAAGUCUUCUGUCAUGAAGCUCCUCCUCCGAUUCUACGACGUAACCUCCGGCCGCAUCACAAUCGACGGCCACGAUAUCCGCGACCUCAGCCUCAGCUCUCUACGAGAUGCCCUUGGCGUAGUGCCUCAAGAUCCACUGCUGUUUAAUGCGUCGAUAAUGGAAAACUUGCGCUAUGCCAAGCCCACUGCUACGGAUGAGGAAAUCUUCGAGGCUUGCCGGGCCGCUGCUAUCCACGACCGUAUUCUCAGCUUUACAAAUGGUUAUGAGACCCGCGUCGGAGAGCAGGGCGUGAAACUUUCUGGUGGUGAAAUUCAGCGCCUGGCCAUCGCACGCGUGUUCUUGAAGGAUCCGCCAAUCUUGAUUCUGGACGAGGCCACCAGUGCAGUGGACACAAAGACGGAAGGUCUUAUUCAAAAUUCCCUCGAGGUGUUGAAGAGCGGAAGGACCACCUUUAUAAUUGCACACAGAUUAUCGACGAUUGUCAACUCAGACAAGAUCGUUGUUGUUCACGAAGGGAGGAUACUAGAGAGCGGAACCCAUAACGAGUUGCUUGACAAGGGAGGCAGGUAUAAGGAAUUAUGGUCGAGACAGGUUGGGGGCACAUUAGAGAAGAAGGAUCUCUAA